AUGAAGAAAAGCCUUGUAAUAAUAAUUUUGUUCACGGCAGCAUCAGCAAAAGAAGACAAGAAGUAUGGACCAGUCAUCGGUAUAGAUCUGGGUACAACCUAUUCCUGUGUUGCGGUGUAUAAAAAUGGACACGUCCAAAUUAUACCCAAUGAACAGGGUAAUCGUAUCACUCCUUCCUAUGUUGCAUUCAACAACGGGGAGAUAUUAGUAGGCGAUGCUGCUAAAAACCAAGCUACUAACAAUCCUGAUAAUACAGUUUUUGACGUCAAAAGACUAAUUGGUAGAGAGUGGAAUGAUCUCAGUUUGAAAGAAGAUAUGAAAUUUUAUCCAUUCAAAGUGAUAGAGAAGAAUAAUAAACCACAUGUGUCAAUUAAUAUAGGUGAAGGUGAAAAAUUGUUUGCCCCCGAAGAGCUUUCCGCUAUCGUUUUAAAGAAGAUGAAAGAUAUUUCAGAAGAGUAUCUUGGUACUAAUGUGACUGAUGCUGUAGUAACUGUACCAGCUUACUUCAACGACGGUCAACGACAGGCCACCAAAGACGCUGGCAAAAUUGCUGGUUUGAAUAUCUUAAGGAUCAUCAAUGAACCUACUGCAGCAGCCAUCGCAUACGGCCUUGACGUAAAAGAGGGGGAGAAAAACGUUCUAGUUUUUGAUCUAGGAGGCGGAACUUUUGAUGUAUCGCUACUAACUAUAGAUAACGGAGUUUUUGAAGUCAUUGCUACAAAUGGCGAUACCCAUUUGGGUGGAGAAGAUUUUGAUCAACGUGUCAUGGAGUAUUUUAUUAAACUCUAUAAAAAUAAAGGGAAAGAUAUAAUGACAAAUAGCCGCGCAGUUCAAAAACUGAGACGAGAAGUCGAGAAAGCAAAGCGCGCUCUUUCUUUCAAACAGCAAGUGAAAAUUGAGAUUGAUUCGUUCUUCCGCGGUGAAGAUUUCUCAGAAACCCUGACCAGAGCUAAGUUUGAAGAGUUGAAUAUGGAUUUAUUCAAAUCUACUUUAAGACCAGUAACGAAAGUCUUAAAAGAUGCUGAAAUGAGCGUGAAAGAUAUUGAUGAAAUUGUACUUGUUGGUGGGUCGACUAGGAUUCCGAAAGUGCAGCAAUUAGUGAAAGAGUAUUUCAAUAAAGAACCUUCUAGAGGAAUAAAUCCUGACGAAGCUGUAGCAUAUGGUGCAGCAAUUCAAGCCAACAUAAUCAGCGGUGAAGAUAAUGAGGCAAUGGUGAUUUUAGACAUCAACCCUUUAACGUUAGGUAUCGAGACUGUAGGAGGUGUUAUGACUAAGCUUAUACCUCGAAAUACCGUCAUACCGACGAAGAAAUCGCAAAUAUUUUCUACUACUAGUGACAAUCAGGAAACGGUCACCAUAAAAGUCUACGAAGGAGAACGAUCUAUGACGAAAGAUAAUAAUUUACUUGGAAAGUUUGAUCUAUCGGGCAUUAAACGAGCUGCAAGAGGAGAACCGCAGAUAGAAGUUAUCUUUGAGUUAGAUGUAAACGGUAUUUUACACGUAUCAGCCGAGGAUAAAGGAACCGGCGUUAAAGAGGAGAUUAUCAUUACGAAUGAUCAGAACAGACUAAGCUCUAGUGAUAUUGAGAGGAUGAUUAAAAAUGCCGAAAAGUUUGCUGAAGAUGACAGGAAGGUAAAAGAUAAAGUCGAGGCGAGAAACGAUCUUGAAAGUUAUGUAUUUUCUUCAAAAAAUAUAAUACAAAAACUCAAUAUGAGUGAUGUAGACAAAGGAGCAGUUGCGAAAGUAAUGGAAGAUGCUGUCAAUUGGCUUAGUGAUAACCAGGAACUGGAAACAGAGGAAUACAAGAAACAAAAAGAGGCAUUGGAAGUUAUCGUUCAGCCAAUAAUAGAUCAGUAUGAAGUAAAUGAUGAAAAGGAUGAGUUAUAA